GGCCACCGGCCGAGCUCGGCGAGCCACGCGCAGAGCUGCGAGGAGCACGGGCCGAGCUGCCAGGACCACGCAGAGAGCCAAGAAGGCCACAAGCAGAGCUACGAGGACGAGUCCAAGGAGGUUCCAGAGGAGGUCCUCAAGCGGUUCAACAAGCUCAAGGAGGAGCGGAAGGCCAAGGAAGAGGAGAAGCGGAUCCUGGACCUGACGUUGCCAGAGGGCCGUGCUGUACGGGACAUAGACGCGCCCUUA